AAAGAGCAUCAGUCAAUCAAUCAAAAAUCAUACAAUCACUUUCAACAUGGCAAAAAGAAAACAAACUGCCGAUAUGACAACAAAUUCAAAUGACAAGAAAUCGAAGUCAAAUAAUGUUAUUUCUCAUAUGGAAAUCCCAUUUGCAACAAAUAAAGAUGCACUAAUAGCUUACAACAGUUUGAGAAUUGACAAGGAACCAUUACGAGGCAAUGUUAUCAAAGAAUUAGAAGUGCAAGAUAAGUUAUUAAUUGUGAAUAUAUCUGCUAAUGAUCCCAAAAAACUAAGAUCUGCUGUGAGCUCAUUUAUGGAUUUCCUCAUAUUAGUAAUCAACACCAUUGAAAAAUUUGGCCUCUCUCCUUCUUAGCUCUUAAGGUUGUUAUACUGUAAAAAAUGUGUAAAUAAAUCAUGAUUUUAAUUUA